AUGACGCUUUUUGAAGCGUUGUACGGUCGAAAGUGUAGGACUCUGUUGUGUUGGUAUGUAUCUGGUGAAAGUGUGGUGCUUGGACCUGAAAUUGUCCAACAGACGACUGAGAAAGUGAAGUUAAUUCAGGAGAAAAUGAUAACUUCGCAUAGUAGGCAGAAGAGCUACCAUGACAAAAGAAGGAAGGACCUUGAAUUUGAGGAAGGAAAUCAUGUAUUUUUGAGAGUCACUCCGGUGACUGGUGUUGGACGGGCACUGAAAUCGAAGAAGCUUACACUUCGAUUUAUUGGUUUGUAUCAUAUUUUAGAAAGAGUGAGAGUUGUUUCUUAUCGGAUGGCCUUGCCACCUAAGUUGUCGAAUUUGCAUGAUGUAUUCCAUGUUUCACAACUUCAGAAAUACAUUUCGGAUCCAUCUAAUGUGAUUCCGAUGGAUGAUAUACAAGUGCGGGAUAACCUUACGGUAGAGGCGUUACCGGUGAAGAUUAAGAACCGUGAAGUGAAUAAGUUAAGAGGCAAAGAUAUUUCCCUCGUGAAGGUAGUUUGA